AUGUAUUCGCGGAUGGUUUGGGACGAUUCACCGGCGAGCCGGUACGCAUCUACGUGCCACCCGAUACGCCAACGUGAUACCCAGACGUGCCAACGUUGUGAAACCUGUGCGAUGGAGGCAUCAGCACCACCGCGAGCAACUCCGCAGGCAUGGCCGUAUAACACACAGCCGUGGACGCGUAUUCACAUCGAUUUUUUAGGACCAUACCAGGGCAAAACGUAUCUCGUUUUAAUAGACUCGAGUUCCAAGUGGUUAGAUCUUUUUCACAUGCCACGGACCACUGCGUCAAGCGUGAUUCGAAAUUUAAGAGUGACAUUCGCUAACUUUGGUUUGCCGUUAGAAUUAAUUUCAGACCAAGGGCCUCCUUUUACUAGCAACGAAUUCAAAGAGUUUCUUACUAGGAACGGUAUUCGGCAGUCCUUCUCUCCUGUGUAUCACCCACAGUCUAAUGGUGCAGCCGAGAACGCAGUUAAGCUAUGUAAGAGAGCUAUAAAAAAGGCUAUAAGAGACAACGUGGAUGUAGAAGCAGCAAUACAAACUUUUUUACUAGCGUAUAGGAACUCCGUGCACUUGACAACCGGUAAGACACCGGCGAUGCUACUUCAGCGGCGUUCGCUACGAUCACGGUUAGAUUUGUUAAGGGGUGAGCGUGGGCUUGAGGAUGCGGUACAUACAGCGCAAAAACGACAGAUGCUAAAUGCGAGAGGUAUAACACGCGAUAUAGAAUGUGGCGAUUCUGUGUGGGUGCGUGAAUAUGGGGAGAAGAACAAAUGGGCUAAAGGCGUUAUUACUGAUAGAUUAGGAUCCCGUAGGUUCACAGUAGGUGACGAUAAUGGUCGACUUAUUACAAGGCAUAUGGAUCAAAUAAAACCGCGAGCACGAUUAUCUGGUGUUGCUUGUCCAACGGAAAAUGACAGCCUGGAUAAGGUUGAGCGUGAGGAUGCAAUUUUGGAACCAACCUCAGAGAUGGCCGAGUCGGAGAUGACGGCUUCUAACGUAGCACAGGAGUGCGAUAAGGACGGAAAUACCGAAACAGAAUCGUCGUUAGCAAGGCAGACGUCCACUACUACAACAAGCAUGUCAUCUCCGCCUCGAGCGGCUGAGGUCACAGAUAAUCUUCCCAAACGAGAACGUAAAAAGGUGGAACGUUUUGGUUACACGUAA